AUGGAGUUAACUCGUGAACAUUUCCGUGCGAUUAUUUUUUACAAUUUUCGACGUGGAUUAUCUCAACAACAAUCAAUCGAUGAACUUAAUUCGACUUUUGGCGAUGAAGCACCAUCAAAAACCACUGUAUAUCGGUGGUAUACCGAAUUCAAUCGUGGCCGUCGUUCGCUCAGUGACGAAUUUCGUGAAGGUCGUCCAAAAUCGGUCGUUGUUCCAGAAAACAUUGAUGCUGUACGUGAACUGAUAUUGCAAGAUCGUCAUGUGACUUAUCGUGAGAUAGAGGCAUCCUUGGGCAUUAGUGGGACCAGCAUACAUUCAAUAUUGCAUAAACAUUUGGCCGUCAAAAAAAUAUGUUCGCGUUGGAUUCCACAUAAUUUGACAAUCGCUCAAAAAACGGCUCGCGUCGAUUGGUCGAAAGAAAUGCUAAAAAAAUACGAUCGCGGUGCUUCAAAACAUGUCUAUGACAUCGUAACAGGUGACGAAUCAUGGAUCUAUGCGUAUGAGCCCGAAAGUAAACAGCAGUCGACUGUAUGGAUCUUUCAAGAUGAGCCAAAUCCAACAAAAGUUGUUCGCGCACGAAGCACUUCGAAGCAAAUGGUCGCCUGUUUCUUCGGAAAAACCGGGCAUGUAGCAACUGUACCAUUAGUGCAACAGCGAACGAUCAAUUCUGAAUGGUACACAACCAUUUGUUUACCAGAAGUCUUCGAAAAAAUAAGGAAAACCAACCGCCGAAGACGGAUCGUUCUCCACCAGGACAAUGCGAGCUCUCACACAUCGGCUCAAACGAGAGACUUUUUGGGAACUGAAAACACCGAAUUGAUGGGUCAUCCGCCGUACAGCCCUGAUUUAGCACCCAAUGACUUCUUUUUGUUUCCGCACAUCAAAAAUAAAUUACGAGGUCAACGUUUUUCGACGCCCGAAGAAGCGGUUAAUGUGUUCAAAAUGCAUGUUUUGGAGAUACCUCAAUCGGAGUGGAAAAAGUGCUUCGAAAAUUGGUUCAAGCGCAUGCAAAAGUGCAUCGAUCUUCAUGGAGAAUAUUUUGAAAAACAAUAA